UUGAAGGCAAAUUAGAGGGGCAAUGGAGAUGAAGCUGAGGUUGGCGAUGGUUUCAGUGACCAUGGCAAUUCUGGUCCUCAGUUCAUGCAUGGCUUCAGCUCGUAGCCAAAGCCUGUGCAACAUGACCGAGGAUGGGUUGCUGGCCUGCAAGCCGUCUGUGACCGCCAAUGGAUGUCAGCCGCCGGCGGCUCCGUCGGCGGCGUGCUGCGCAGCCAUAGCUGCAGCUGACUUGCCUUGCCUUUGCUCUUACAGGAACUCCAUGAUCUUGCCUGCUCUCGGAAUUGACCCUGAUCUUGCUAUGCAACUCCCAGGGAAGUGUGGAAUCCCGGUGCCAAAUCCUUGCUAAGAUGCCCAAGUAAAUGUGCUAAGUGAUCCAAUGAAUCCAAAAAUAAAAAUUUGUAUGUUCAUCGCAUUAUAGAUCCAAUGCACGCCGAAACUUUCCUUGUUUUU